UACAACGUAAGUAAAACAUUUUUCUAAUUUUUUGGUGUGAAACGAACAGUAAAUGUUCGUUUGAAAUUGAGAAAUACCACUAAUUUGACUUAAAAAACCCAAAAUAUAUCAAUUGUGACGAUUACGCUUGACGGUAAAAUACAACGCAGACGAUUAUUGUGUGACUAUAUAUUGAAGUAAUAACGUUCGUAUUUUAAUCCAAGAAUUUUAAUUAAAAAUAACAUAAAGAUGACUGAACGAGCUGAAGGAGCAAAUGAAGAUCAACUUGAAGAACGAAACAUCAAUGAAGACUAUAAAAUAUGGAAGAAAAACACUCCAUUCUUGUAUGAUUUGGUGAUGGCGCAUGCACUUGAGUGGCCAUCUCUCACCGCUCAGUGGUUGCCCGAUAUCACGAAGCCGGAAGGCAAAGAUUACUCUGUUCAUCGGCUCAUUUUGGGUACACACACAUCAGAUGAACAAAAUCAUUUAUUGAUUGCCAAUGUUCAGUUGCCAAACGAAGACGCUCAAUUCGAUGCCAGCCAUUAUGAUAAUGACAAAGGUGAAUUUGGAUUUUUCGGGACAGUUUCGGGAAAAAUUGAAAUUGACAUCAAGAUCAAUCAUGAGGGUGAAGUAAACAGAGCCAGAUAUAUGCCGCAAAAUCCAUGUGUUAUCGCAACUAAAACCCCAUCAAGCGAUGUGCUUGUUUUCGAUUACACGAAACAUCCCAGCAAACCAGAUCCAAAUGGUGAAUGUCAUCCGGACUUACGUUUGCGUGGUCAUCAAAAAGAAGGUUAUGGAUUAUCGUGGAAUCCAAAUUUGAAUGGAAAUUUGCUCUCAGCGAGCGAUGACCAUACAAUUUGUUUGUGGGAUAUUAACGCUACACCAAAGGAAAAUCGUGUUGUUGAUGCAAAAAAUAUUUUCACCGGACACACAGCUGUCGUGGAAGAUGUAGCAUGGCAUUUGUUACAUGAAUCUCUCUUCGGAUCGGUUGCUGAUGAUCAACGUCUCAUGAUUUGGGACACGCGAUGCAAUAAUACAUCUAAACCGUCGCAUACUGUCGAUGCCCAUGUAGCCGAAGUUAAUUGCUUGAGUUUUAAUCCGUAUUCUGAGUUCAUUUUGGCCACCGGUUCAGCUGACAAAACCGUAGCCCUAUGGGAUCUGCGUAAUCUGAAAUUGAAAUUGCAUUCAUUCGAAUCGCACAAAGAUGAAAUUUUCCAAGUUCAAUGGUCACCUCAUAACGAAACCAUUUUGGCUUCAAGUGGAACAGAUCGUCGUUUGCACGUUUGGGAUUUAUCGAAAAUCGGUGAAGAACAAUGUGCUGAAGAUGCUGAAGAUGGUCCACCCGAAUUGUUGUUCAUCCAUGGCGGUCACACGGCCAAGAUUUCAGAUUUCUCAUGGAAUCCAAAUGAACCAUGGGUUAUCUGUUCCGUUUCAGAAGACAACAUAAUGCAAAUUUGGCAAAUGGCAGAGAAUAUUUACAAUGAUGAAGAACCAGAAAUUCCAGCCAACGAACUUGAACAAACAGCUGCUUAAUUUCCUUUGAUAAUUUAACAUUUUUUAUCGACAUCAUACAAUUAUCUUUAACUGCGAAUGUACUCCUUCAAUAAAUUUAAUCAAUAAAAAUCCAUUCCUUCAUCA